AUGCCCGGCGCCGCGAGAUUCCUCCUCCGAGCCGCCGGCAGCCGCACCCUCCUAGCCGCGCCUCGCCCCUUCCACACCUCGAUGCCGCGGCGCAUGCCCGACGCCGCCGCCGCCGCCGCCGCCGCCCCCCUGCCGCGUCGCAAGCCCAUGGGCGCUUUCCGAGGAGGGCUCUUCGGCUUCCUCUUCGGCUGCGUCCUCUCCGGCGGCGCCGUCUACAGCUAUCUCCUCCAAGAAUACAAGGCCUCCAACGACCUUCUCACCGAGGAUAUAUACACUCUGCAAGCUUCCGUCACCCGCUUGGCCAACUACGUCAAGACACUCGAGGACAAGACCCAGGGCAAGAAGUGA